UGACAAAAGGUAAAAGUCUCUCAGAAGACUGUGACAUCCAGAUGGAGGUCGACAGUGGGGACCAACAAGUGAAUGGUGUUGCGUCUGAGGUCAAUGAGAGCCAUCAGGAUGGCCCCAACACUGCAGCAGAUCUGGAAGAAUCUGAAACAUCUCAUGAUCAUGCUGAAGUUGAAAUCCCUGAAUGUCUGCAGGAUUCUCAGGAGAUAAAACAGCAGCUGAAAGAACAAGCUUUGGCUGCAUUGGAUUCGGAGAUACGGAGACAAAGCGAAGAUGCUGAAUCCCUUGCAGUGGAGAGGCAGUUGAAGGCUGAAGCUAUUGCUGCAGAGAACUUUACUGACCCACCCAGCCCCAGUCAGGAUGAGGAUGAGGACUCAUGGGACAAGAUGUUCGACGACAAUGGUGACUGUCUUGACCCGUCAGCAAUGGAGGAGCUGACGGCCCAUGUAGGAAAUGUGAAGAUCGACAAGCCAAAGAUAAACUAUCUUGACUUCAAGCCCAAGGAUCCUGACAUGGAUAUGAACAUGUAUGGCCAUGUGAUUGAGAUCUACGAUUUCCCAGGCGAGUUCCUGACUCGGGAUCUCAUUGCUGCCUUUAAGGAUUACAUGUCUCGAGGCUUUGACAUCAAAUGGGUUGAUGAUACUCAUGCCCUUGGGGUGUUCGCCAGCCCCAUCGCAGCUCAAGAUGCCCUGAGUAGCAGACAUCAAAUGCUGAAGGUGCGGAGCUUGUCAGAGGCAUCUCGCCAGUCUAAGGUCAAGGCCAAGAAGAAUUGCGAGUUCCUGCAGCCCUACAAGGCCCGUCCUCAGACGUCUGCAUCUGCUGCUCGUCGUCUGGUGUCUGGAGCCCUGGGUUUGCAGUCCCAGAUCCCCAGAGAGAAACGGGAACAAGAGCGAAAACAACUGAAGGAGGCCAAGGAGAAACGUCGCAAGGAGCGACGACUAAAGCAGGACAUGUGGGAUGGGUCCGUUGGUGGGUGUGCCAUGGAUAAAGAAGGCUGACCACUUAGGCCAAGUGUGUUGUCUACCUCAGCUUGAUCACUUGACCAGUGCCUAACAUCAGACAGUGCUGUAAGACCUAACCACCUCGCUGUGUGUGACCAGCAUCACUUGAUAAGUGCUGUGUUUCCUCGUCCAUGUGCUUGGUGACAUGAUCACAUGUUCAGUGCUAUCAUGAAACAGUGCUGUGUGGCUUCAUCCAUCUGCUUGUCAUGUGAUAGCCAGCAUGGCCAGCUGUGUGUGAUGUAAGGAGUGACCGGCCAGCUAGAUGUCGUCAUGGACAGAAUAAAGGAGUGUGCAAUGAUGGAUAUGAUCCUAGGUAUACAGCUUAAUGUAUUGGGACCUAGAGCCUGCAAAGCCGACAGUGUUGUCAAGGUUCAAGGUCAGUGUCAGGUACUUUGGUCAUCCGUCAAACUCAGUUCUUGCUUUAACUUGAAAGUUAAAAUACACGACUCGGUCUUUGCUAGACAGAACUAUUUGUGAAUUUAUAGAAGAAAAAAAGCAGUCUGGCUGGACAUCUUUCAGCUAGUAUUUGAACUGGUAUGAUCGUAGGUUGUCAUGUUAAAAUCUCACUGAACUUGGACUAGUGAAUCACUCCCUGAAAUAUACUUCUAAAAAAGUUAAGGAUAGCAUGAAUCCUUUAUAUAACAAUAGUAAAGCUGUCAUGUCCUGACAGAUUAGCCAGGGUAAUGUGAAGAACUUGUGUGAUCCUUUAUGUUUUUUGUAGGACUAUAUGAAAUAUCUGUUUAUGAAAAGUUGAUCAGUAUACUUUUUGUGCUGUGGUUUUCCCACCAUCGUCCAUGCUUCACAGUUUAUGUACACAGCGUUCCUCAAUCAUUCAUGAAUUACACAGUGACUUAGUUGUUUAAUGUGACAGGUCCUUCAGUCACCUGAUGAAAUGGCUAAAAUUGACUUCAGUAAAAUUGCACAGAAGAGGCAAAAUGGGAGCAAACUGCAGCUCCAUUUGUGUAUGAAUUGACAUAUGCAUGGACAAAUACUGGUGUCAUGUUAGGAAAAUUCUACUUGGGUUGUUUGUGAUCUCAGAGAAGUGAAAUAAGCCUCCAGAAAGACCUUUAAAGUUGCUGAACGUCUGAAGAAAAGCUAUGUGACUUCAACACAAGUGUGCUUGCUUUGCUCUGCCUUGAGUGUCCACCAUGAAUUGUUAGGACCAGUACUGUAGUUAUCAGUUUUGUACUUUUACCCGUUAAUUUGUCUUUAUACAUUCUUGAUGAUAAAGACUACAAUUGACUUAUUUUAUGAACAUAAAAGGACAUAUUUUUGUCAGGUUGUCAUUUUAUGCAAGAUGAAAUUCUUUACUCACUCUUGAAAAAUUAGUUUACUUGUACAUAAAUUAGUUGAUGUGAGGAAAUUGUUUUAAAUAUUUUGCCAAGUGUGAUAUGUACAAAGUGUUGAAGCUACCCCAGCUACUACCCAAAUACCUCAACCUGUCGCCAUCCAGGACUGAUCAACUGCCAUGUACGUCAGAGUUGGCUAUUUUCAAGAGAAAUAAAAUAUUUCCACCAACAA